AUGACUGGUGGUAGUAGUAGUAUGUCGGUUCCUCCAACAAAUUCAGGUGUUAAAAAUGUGAGAAAUAAGAAAGUUGCAAAAAAUGCUCCUGGUCAGAGACAAGAUGUGGGAUGGCAACAUGGUACUCCCGUAAACGAUGGAUCAAGAAAUAUCAAGUGCAACUAUUGUCAUCACGAGUAUAGUGGCGGUGUUUUUCGAUUUAAGCAUCAUUUAGCAGGGACAAAUAGUAAUGUUGAACCCUGUGUAUCUAUUCCUGAUGAAGUUCGCAAAGAAAUGUGGGUCAUUGUUCAUAGAUUGCAAACUCAACUCAUUAAGAAGAGAACUCUAAGUGAAGAUGUGGUAGAGGUUGAUGUGGAAGAUGGUAAAAGAAAAAAAGUUGAAUCUUCAAGUCUUGCAAAUAUUUUCAAGAGGGGGAUAAAUUCUCAAUCAACUAUCAACGAUGCUUUUAAGAAAAAAGAAAAAGAGGACACUGACCUACAAGUUGCAACUUAUUUUUACAACAAUGCUAUCUCCUUUAACGUUGUAAAAGAUGAAGAAUUUAUAAAGAUGUGUGAAAUGAUUGCCCGAUAUGGUAAAGGAUAUAAGCCACCAUCUUAUCAUGACAUUCGAGGUAAACAUUUAAAGACAAAAGUUGAGUCAAUAAAUAGCAUAUUGGUGGAGCAUAAAGCUGCUUGGAAAAAAUUUGGAUGUACAAUAAUGAGUGAUGGAUGGACUGACCAAAAGAGGAGGACUAUCAUAAACUUUUUAGUCAAUAGUCCUAUGGGAACUUUCUUUUUAAAAUCAAUUGAUGCAUCUGGAAUUUCAAAGACAUCUGAUAAAGUUUUCAAAAUGUUGGAUGACAUCGUUGAGGAAGUGGGGGUAGAAAAUGUUGUUCAAAUUGUAACAGACAAUGCUGCAAAUUACAAGUUGGCUGGACAAAUGUUGAUGGACAAGAGGAAUAUGCUUUAUUGGACACCUUGUGCAGCUCAUUGUAUUGAUCUAAUGUUAUAG